AUGGGGAGGAUAAAAAAGGUCGCUACGGCCAAGCACGAUGCGACGCUGUCUCCGGCGCUAUCGGACUUCAUUAAAGAGACUCUCACUGUUCCACUCCACAAGAUACCCGCUCACUUGAGCUCUUUUCCUCGCCGAUGGCCUUUCCCUAGAGGUGACUUGUACCACUGGAUACCUGCCCUCAACCGAUUCGACUGCAUAUUGGAGGCGUUCGUUGAAGAGUAUGGUCUGAACAAUGGGCCUCAGGUACAGCCUUUUGAAAGGCGCCUGCUGGCCAAGGGUAAUUUAGAAGAGAGCCAAACGCAGCCGGUGCCUGAACCCAGCUCUAAGGAUCUCGACGAGGCUGGCUAUUCACUCGAGGGCGACCGAGAACUUAUCGAGCAGAUCCUGAAGUUCACGAAGCUCCUCUUGGAGAAUUGCGGCAACCGUAGCUUGUAUGCGAGCAGUGAGCAUCUCAGCAAAUUACUCAACACUACAUCCAUCUCGAUGCUGAAGACGACUCUGCGUCUCUCCCUUCGCUUAGCCCAACGCUAUCACACGUCUCGCCAGCGCAUGGGUAGCUCUCCCUCUGUGCAGAGCAGUUUAUUGCACAGUCACUUCAACAUCAACCUUGACAACCUCCAGAAGGUUGCAGCUCCCUUUUCGCGGGGACUUAGCUCAUCGACCUCAGCUAUCAAGGGCAAAGAGAAGUCUCUCGGAGCUGACUCAGAUGAUGCGGCGAACAAAUCGCACGGAGCGGAUUUGGUUGGUAAAGUUAAAGUGGAGGAGCUCCCAGCUGUGCUUCGUGAAGAAUGGGGAAGCGUCUUCCUCUCGUAUUACGAGACGGCGCCUGGUGGGAAGAGUGAAACUGGCAAUCCUACCGCUGACGAAAACACCCGUAUUCCCACAUCGCCCGCUACUCCGACGCCAGCUCGCCGUACUUCAAACUUAGGCCCGCAUCACACGCCUAGGCCAACCCGCACUUUCUCUUCUGACGAGUCGCCGCGCGCACCAGCCACACCAAAUACCCCCCAUGCGGAACGUCCAUCUGGCCCGAAGUUUGUGGAGAUAACCAACACCCAAAUUCGGGCUCUUCCGGCUCAUGAGAUUCUACAAAAGCACUUGAAUGAUGUUCCGGAGGAAACACGCUACGAACUUCUGCAUAGGAUUAGGGUUGCGCAAGCCCUUAGUGCUGGAAGGAUUGAACGUGAGGAUAUUGUGGCCAUCAGGUUGCUCGCUAUUGCUAAUCUAGCCUACGUGCACCCCGAUGCCACUUUCUACCAGAAGAUAGGACAACAAGAUUCCGAUGAACCCCGCAGACUACAGCUGGCUUAUCAGUUGUCUGAACUGAUCCAUCCGCCAGGAGAUGGUGAACUGGGAGCUUCCAGGGACCUUCAGACGACGGCACUUGCUACGCUGGAAGCUCUUACGAGACAGAAGAAUAAAGCCGGAGAGUUGGCAGCUGCUCUUAGCCUGAAUGUCAACCACGGCGUUCUGUUCUACGUGGCUCGUAAGGCGGUCGCUGAACUCACUGUCGAUGAAGGACCGGGAGACACUUUGGAAGAUGACGAAUGGCGCGACACCCUUUUUACCUUGUUUACCAGUAUCCCGAACCAACAAACCCGUAUGGGCGAGAACAUGGUAGCUGCUGGCUUGUUCGACAUUUUCGUUGAGGUCCUCACGCUCCGUACCAGCAGGGCUGAGCGACACUAUUCCAAGGUGUUGAGUUUCUUGGAUACUUAUGCCUUCAACCUUCGCGAAGCAUUCCAGGCGUUUGUGCAAGCGAAAGGACUCGAUGCAGUUGCCGAACUCGCAGGCUUUGAGGUGGAGACGGCCUUUACGCGGGCCGAGAAAGGUGAAGGAAUGCCUGCCUUGUACAAGACUCAGCAUACGGAUUACAAGAUCGCAUUCUACCCGCAGCAGACCCUCCGCUGGCUUUUCAAGUUCAUUAGCCAUAUGAUGACUCAUGGCGGCGGUGGUAUUGAUCGUCUCCUGCGGAAUCUCAUGGACUCACCGCGACUACUAACAGGUCUUCGUACCGUCUUAGCCAAUGCUCCAGUCUUUGGCAGUACUGUUUGGAGCCAAGCUGUUCAUAUUCUUGCCAACUUUAUCCACCAUGAGCCUACCAGCUAUGCCAUUAUCGCAGAAGCUGGGCUUAGUAAGACUUUCCUGGAGACUGUUACGCAAAGGCCCAUUGUCGAGACACCUGUGGUUCCCGUUAUAACGGAGGAUAGCGCUGCGCAGCCUUCGCAGCCGGCAACCUCAGCACAAGCUUCCGAAGAUGACAAGAGCAAAGACCAGGAAGCACGGCCACUUGCGGGGGGGAUUCUGCCAGUCUCUGAAGCCAUCUCGGCGGUCCCAGCUGCAUUCGGCGCCAUAUGUCUGACGGAGGCCGGUCUCAAUUUAUUCAAGGCAUCCGUUGCUUUGGAGAGCUUCUUCGAGGUUUUUGCGAGCCCGGCACACGUCAAGGCUAUUGAAGUGGAUUCCGAUACAACCCAAUCGUUAGGGUCUUCCUUUGAUGAAUUUGUUAGGCACCACCCUCCACUAAAACCUGCUGUUCUUGCUUCGGUAAAGAAGAUGGUGGCUAGAGUGGGUAAGCUCUGCUUCCUUCGGGCACAAGACAAGGGUGUUGGAGCAAAACUUUGGAUAGAAGAUGUGCAAGGGCACGUUCUUGUUUCUGGAGGACGCCAAGCUCUUCUUGGUGCAGAAGGGUCACUGCAUCAGCGUCAGAGGAGUGCCGACAACACGACAUCUUCUAGUGCAACUGAGCCUGCAGAUGUUGAAAUGACUGACGUUGAUCGCUCAUCGUCAGGGGCUACAGACACUUCAGUUUCUAUUGACGACGUCAUCGAACAUGAGGAUUCAAAGCAAGGCCCCACGACCACGCAGUACAUCACAGCUGUGUGCAAGUUCUUGGAAGGAUUCUUCAUCAACGAGUCUCUCUGUGCGGCUUUCAUAGAGGAAGGCGGUAUGGAAUUCGUCCUUGACUUCGCCACACUGCCGUGUCUGCCAUACAACUUCAACGAAUUCUUCAUAGUUGGCGAAGACCUUAGCCGGGUUAUCCAGCUACUUGUCGAGCAGAAGCCACACCUUGCCCUACCUUCUCUGAUUAGGCGACUGCAGAGUGCCUGCGAUCAGCUGGAGCCUUUCAUGCGUAAUGAACAAGAAUCUGCCUACCUUUCUGUGUUCACGAGCAGAAAUUCUACCGCUAACGCAUCUCAAAAUACACCCUUGCAAGAUGCCACUGUCAACGGUACAAAGUUUGCCAAGGCCCUUGUGGUAGUGCUCACGCUUUCAAACGCUCUUUCCAUGACCUUCCAAGGUUCCAUCUUUAAUCGGUCAAAUCAUAACGUUUUUAGCCAGGUGAACAUGGCAGACAUGUAUUCCCACCUGGUUGACAGUCUUGGCAGAUUGCACCGGAGCUGCGUUUGGGAAGAAAUUCUCCUUCAGAAGAACAUCCCCUCUGAUUGGGAAAAGGCGACUAGAGUCAAGAGCGGUGGCUUCGGUACUGACGAGGCAGAUGACAUCCUUCGCCUCACCCGCUCGGAUAGGAUUGAUGUCGAGCAUGGCGAGCCCAUCAACGGUGAAGCCGAGGCUUCGGAGCAGCCGUCGAGCCAAGCCGCUAGUGGUGAGGGCACUGCUGCUCAGCAGAAUGCACUCCCUGAUAGGUCAACCGCGCAGUUCAAGAACACAAAGAUUCUGCGCUAUCUGCUCAGUCAAGUUCCAACUGCAAUCACACCUUUCUUGCAAGCUUUGGGGAAGUGUCUCCUGUUCCGGAGGACCCAAGACGGUUAUCAGAGACAAAAUGCAUACAUUGUGGCGGACCAGCUUGCGAAGCUUGCUAUGGAUCAGCUAUCUUACAAGGUUCCUAAGGGAGCUUCCUCGUCAAAGGACCGCUAUGCCUAUUGGAUCGUCAUUCUCACUUCGGUCUCUCAGCUUAUGGUCGACGGCUCUAUGGAGCGGUCUCCACACAUGCUCACAUUGAUUCUGCAUUCGUUCCAGAAUCAGGGCGGGCUUGUUCAGCUCAGUGAGCUCUUGGAGUGCUUCUUUGACGAAGCAAAGGCCAUCAUUGCCACGCACGAUAACCAAGAGUUGCCCGAAGACAUCCAGACACUCAUGAAUCUGGCACUCGGUGGCAUCAAGAUCAUUCUUACGCUGUACUCGCAAAUGGUCAAUCCGAAGUGCAUCAUUGAGGCUGGUCAAACGAGUACCAUGAAUUCUCGGGAGCGUAGCAGGCCUCGACCGGACCUUUUCGUUCCUGCCCAGUUCUUGCUUGAACUAAGGAUGGCCGUAAUUGAGCCCGUCGAGAAGCUUUGGAAUUCAGAUCUGAUGAACAAAGCAACUACUUCGAUCGUCAAGUCGCUCGUAGAUAUUCUCCGUGUCGUCCUCGAGGGUGAUGGUGAAGGCGAUGCCUACAAGCGCUCGGAAACAAUUCCUCCUACAGCCAAGUUCUCGUAUAAGCCUUGGAAGCCGCGCAACGGAGAUCAUCUCGAGAUGCUUAAGCGCGAAGGUUUCGAGCAAGACAUGGCGCAAGAGGCACUCUAUCGCUGCUACGAUAAUUUCAAUUAUGCCCGGGAAUACUGCAGCGCACAACGUAACGAUCAACGUUUUGAGAGGAACCCCGUCCCCUCUUACGAAACUGAGAUUAAGCCCACCGGGGCCGGUGAGGAGAGUGACGCAUCUGGAAGUCAGUCAGUGACCAUGCAGGAUGCAUCGGAGUCUAACGACACGCGAUCACUCACUCCUUCAGCUGGCUUUGUCGCACAUGCCUUAUCGCCCACAUCGCCAUUCUUGGGCAGCACGUCUCCCGAUUCUCAGAAAGUCGAGAUCGUGCGCAUCGAGGAUUUGGAGGAGGAGAGAGCAAAGAUUAGGUCAAACGUCAUUGACCGCUCCUUGGAAGUGCUCGAUGUCCAUGACGAAGUUACUUUCGAGCUCGCAGACCUGAUUUCUGCCGCCGUGACCAAGGCAACUGACGCUUUGGGUAUGCGGAGCGAGAUCGGUGAAACUCUUGUCAAUGCCCUAGUUUCGCUACAAUCCGAGGAGGACCUCAGGCCUAUUGGCAAGAAAGUGGCUGCCUACGCUCACCUCCUCGCUCUCGUGCUCCAGGACUCGGAGUUCUACAAUGCGACCCUGCCUCAACUUCGGGACUUCUUCUCUUCGUUGCUUGGCUUCAUCAAGGCUUUUCCGGAUCAACUUGCAGAGGAGUCCUCUCCUUGGAUCGGACAGGUACUUCUGAUCAUUGAGCGUAUGUUGUCAGAUGACGCGCAACCUCAUUCAGUACAGUGGAAUCCUCCAAAGGAGGAUGAAGAGCCUGAGGAUCCAGAAUCCAUAAUAGAGAUGUCAGAGCCUGUGGUUCAGUUUGAGGAGAAGAGCAACCUUUUUAACGCCAUUGUCGAGGUCCUUCCUCGUAUUGGAAAAGACGAGUCCCUAGCUUUGUCUAUCGCUCGCGUCCUUGUUAUUCUGACUAGGGACAGACGACUGGCCACGAAGCUGGGAGAGAAGCGCAAUCUUCAACGCCUGUUCGUCAUGAUCAAGCAACUCAGCGGAAUCACCAACGACAGGCUGCAAAGUGCCUUCUUAUUGAUAUUACGUCACAUUGUGGAGGAUGAAGAGACUAUCAGGCAGAUUAUGAGAACUGAAGUCCAGGCCCUCUUUGAGAUCAGGGAUUCGCGGACUCGCGGCGAUAUCGACACCAACGCCUACCUCCGCCACAUGUGGCAUCUUGCUCUCCGCAAUCCCCAGAUCUUUGUGGAGAUAACCAACGAGAGACUUCAAAUUCGUCGGUAUUAUGCAAACCAACGCCAACAAGUGCUUGAACUCAAGAAGGUAGAAAGCUGGCCGGCCAACGCUGAGGAACCUUCAACCGGCGGAGACCAAGCGAUUCAGAAAUCUUCUACUACAGAGGUCGUCAAGCCAUCGACUGAGGUCGAAAGUAAGCCUGAACCAGAAAAGUCGAAACCCUCAGAGAUUAAACCCCCAAUUGUCGAGAAUCCGGAUGGGGUCAUCCACUACCUUCUAUGCGAACUUCUUACGUACAAAGACGUUGACGACAAGGAGCAAGCGACAACAACCCAGGAAACCACGAAAGAAACUUCUACAGGCCCUGACGUUGAGAUGUCGAACGUGGACGAUCGUGCUACGCCUGGAACACCUGGAAGCACUGCUUCGGCUUCAGCCCCUGUUCCCGAGCAGAAAAAAAGCGACAAGCCUGUGUUCAAGGCGGAUCAAAACCCCAUCUUCAUUUACAGGUGUUUCAUCUUACAGUGUCUCACUGAGCUCCUUUCGUGUUACAACCGGACGAAGGUGGAGUUCAUAAACUUUUCGAGAAAGGCCGAUCCUCACGCAAUGACGCCUUCCAAGCCACGUUCUGGAGUCCUCAACUACAUCCUCAAUGCCCUGGUUCCAGUCGAGACGCUGGCUCAUGCCGAAGAUUUGUCGUUCAAAAAGAAGUGCGCUACUUCAAAUUGGGCAAUUUCUGUUAUUGUCGCUCUAUGCCAGAAGACUGGUGAACGUGGUUUCAACAAGAAUAAGGAUGCCAAGGAAGAAGAGGAGCAAGAUCUGCUCUUUGUGCGCAAGUUCGUACUUGAGCAUGCGUUGAAAGCAUUCAAGGACGCAAACUCCUCGGCAGAGCCAAUCGACCUGAAAUAUUCCAGGUUGCUCAACCUCUCAGACCUCUUCUACCGCAUGCUCUACGGGAAGCCUACCUCGGGCGGAAGCAAUUUCAGCAUUGACAUGCUUUUGGCUUCGCAGAAACAGCUGGCCAGAAUCAUGUACGAGAAGAACUUCAUCACCGCGCUUACGACGGCCAUUGCGGACAUUGACUUGAACUUCCCCAAUGCCAAGCGUGCUGUGAAGUACAUCCUGCGUCCUAUCAAGCUCCUCACACAGACAGCAAUCGAUUUAAGCUUGAACUCUGAGAUCUCAGCGACUCCCGGCCAAGCAGAUGAAGAUGAGAUUUCGACUGCUUCAUCUGUUUCGGACAUGGACGAAUUUCGCGAAGAGACACCGGAUCUCUUCAGAAACUCAACUUUGGCUAUGUUUGACCCGAGCAGAGACGAAGAGACGGAGUCUGAUGGCUCUGAUGAGGAAGACGAUGAAGACAUAUAUGGGGAUGAGUACGGAGACGAGAUGGAAUACGAGGAAGAGAUCGACCAUGACGGCGAUGACGUUGUCAGUGAUGAAGAUGAAGAUAUUGAGGGCAUGGGUGAAAUGGAAGGUCUGCCCGGUGAUGUGGGCGAUGACGUCGAAAUUGUCAUCGAGGGAGAAGACGGUGAAGAGCUGAGCGAGGAUGAUGAUGACUCUGCUGAUAUGGACGAAGACCUUGAUGAGGAUGAGGAAGAUGAGAUUGAGGAGAUGGACGAAGUAACUGGCGACGACAUCAACGGCAGUCUCGAUGGCGGCGAAGAUGACGAAUGGGCGAGCGAAGAAGAAGACGGGGACGAUUACCCUGACGAAGAUGGAUUUGGCGAUCAUGCGCCGCCCCCGGGUGACAUCAACCACCUCGUCCGCAUUCUUGACGGACAGCCACCGGCUGGCCUCCUAGAAACGUUUGGGGGUGACAUGAUGGACAUGGAACCUGAAGGCUACAUGGACGAUGAGAUGCAAGAUGAUGAAGGUAAGGAGGAUGACGAAGAAGACUAUGACGAGGAUGAUAUUGCCUACGAGGCUGGAAUAGAAGGUUUGUCACGCGAAGUGCAGCACUUGCAGCACUUACUGAGGGUAUUAGAUGAUGAAGAUGGCAUGCCUCCGCCACCAUGGGGUGCGUGGGGCAUUGACGCUGGUGGGCCGCUUCGUGGACACCACCACCAUCACCGUCAUAGUCUUAUGAACCCAUUCGCGAUUGUACCCCCUGCAGGACUUGAGCGGCAUGCCCGUAAGCUUACUCUGAACUUGGCUGGACUGACUUAUGUAGUUCCAGGUGCUUUCCGGACUCAUCGGCCAGUGGCUGCUCAGCGCGGUACCGACGACGGCACCAACCCCCUCCUCCAGCGCUCUGGUCGGUCUUCUGCAGGCCCUGGUAUGGUGGGCCGCCGUGGAACUAUGAGCGAUUGGGUUCACGCAAUGGAUGGAAUGCGGCCUGGUCGCGCGUUUCCAGGUGGGGACAGUCCCGUGUCCUUUAUCAGCAAUCUCCUCAACAUCAUGAGCCAUGGUUCCGCCACUAUUCAACAAGACGGGUUCACAGUUACCGUUGAAGGCAUGUUUCCUGAUGGGCCAGGUUUCCCUCCGUUCGACGCCUUUGGUCGCCAAAACAGACGCCUCCAGGACCAGCCUUCCCGCUCGACACGCGAUGACCCGAGCCAGGCUGUGGCAUUUGUUCCUACACUUACCACCACGCGUUGGCAAGAGGAAGGUCGGCUGCUCUUUGGCGCGGUCUUUUUGGAAAAGGCUCACCGCGUUCUCAACUCCAUCAACCGCCUGCUUGUCCCUCCGGCAAUCAGAGCUACUAAGGAACUCGAGCGGCAACUGGAAGAGCGACUUAAGCAGAAAGAGAAAGAAGAAAAGGAGAGGAAAGAGCGGGAGCAGGCCGAAAGGGAAGAACAGGAAAGAAAAGAGCGCGAAGAGCGCGAGGCAGCCGAAAAAGCCGAGGCAGAAGCUGCUGCCGCCCGGGCCCAGGAAGAAGCGGAGCGGCGUCAUACGGAAGCAACCGAGGCCGCGGCGGAAAACCAAGUCAUGGAAGGCGUUGAAACUUCAGCGCCUGCGGCUGAAGCGGCUGCCGCCGCCGGAGAUGAAUCCGCAGAACCGGGUAACCGGGUCAUCGCGCGUAUCCGCGACCGUGAAGUUGACAUCACUAGUCUCGGAAUCGACCUGGAGUAUCUCGAUGCACUGCCGGAGGAACUCAGAGAAGAAGUUUUGAUGGGGCAGGUCCAAAAUCAGCGUGAAGAAGCCCGGACGUCAGGCAACGAACCCUCUGACAUCAGUCGCGAAUUCCUCGAUGCUCUACCGGAAGACAUCCGCGAUGAGCUCCUCGAACAAGAAGCGCAAGCUCGCCGCCGGCAGGAGCGUAUUGAGCGUGCACGUGCCAAUGCUCCGACCGGCGGUCCACGCGCCGAGGACAUGGAUGCUGCAAGCUUCCUCGCAUCACUCGACCCUGGCCUGCGUCAGGCCGUAUUGAUGGAACAAGACGAUGAUAUGCUUAAUCAGCUCCCUGCUGAAAUUGCCGAAGAAGCCCGCAGGUUGGGUGGUGACCGCCGUUUGAACCACAUUGCUGAUCCAAACGUGGGUCGUAUCAACCGCAUUCGUCGUUUCGACGAGGACGAUCAAGCCGAUGAACAGACGCAGAAGAAAGCCAGGCCGAGACCGAUCGUUCAAAUGCUAGACAAAGCUGGCGUUGCUACUCUCCUCAGGCUGAUGUUUAUCCCGCAGCAAGGUAGUGCCCGUCAGACUCUGAACGGAAUUCUGAAGGACGUCUGCCAAAAUCGCCAUAACCGUGCUGAAGUCAUCAGCAUCCUCUUGUCAAUUCUCCAAGACGGAUCUGCAGACUUGAUCGCCGUUGAGCGCAGCUUUGCUCAACUUUCUCUUCGGGCCAAGCAGCCAGUAACGCAAAAGACACCACAACCGCUCAAGCGUACCCUCACUGGGCAACUGUCAAGUCACAAUGACAUGUCCCCCAUCAUGGUUGUUCAACAAUGUCUUAGCACCUUGGUCUAUUUGGUCUACAACAACCCCCACAUCUGCUCUUUCUUCUUGGCCGAGCAUGAGACUGCUGUUGGCUUCAAGUCAAAGGCAACCCGGAAAGGCAAAGCUAAGGAGAGCAGAGCUACGAAGUAUCCUCUCAACGCUCUCCUCAGCUUGCUCGACCGCAAACUCAUCGUGGAAAGCUCUUCUGUGAUGGAGCAACUGGCGUCUUUACUCAUGAACAUCACCAGUCCUCUGGGUGUACUUCUCAAGAAAGACAAAGAUAAGACUGAAGAGAAGAAGGAUGAAGCAGCUGUCGCCACCACUGCUCCUGAAACUCAAGCUCAAGAAGCUUCAAACACUACUUCCGUUGCACAACCAUCGACUGAACUGCCUGAAGAUGCCACAGCGGAGCAAAAAAUUGAAAAGGAGGCUGAAGGCCAGGCUGAGGACAAGUCUAAGAAACCACGUGCUUUAGUCCCACCCGAAGUUCCUGACUACAACCUUCGUCUUGUGGUGCACAUCCUGGCUGCCCGCGAGUGUAGCAGCAAAACCUUCCAGAACACUCUUUCGGUCAUCAACAACCUUUCUGCGAUCCCGGGUGCCAAGGAAACUUUCGGCAAUGAACUCAUCAAGCAAGCUCAAGACUUGGGACAAUCAAUUCUCAAGGACCUCGACGAGCUGGUCUCGCAGAUCACCAAGGCUAAGACAGGCACCGAUGUACAAGGAAUGGCACUUUCCAAGUUUUCUCCUGCCAGUUCCGAUCAGACCAAGCUCCUCCGUGUCUUGACUGCUCUAGACUACCUCUUCGACCCUAAGAGAUCAACUGAAACCCAUGACAAGCCAUCGGGCGUUCCAGAGGGUUUGCCUGCCGAACAAAAGGCCGACAUUCUCACGAACUUGUACGAGAAUUCUACCUUCGGUCCAUUGUGGCACAAGCUUAGCGAGUGUUUGACAAUGAUCCGUGAGCGUACGAAUAUGCUCAGCGUUGCAACAAUACUUCUGCCACUUAUUGAAGUGUUGAUGGUGGUAUGCAAGAACACCACGCUUAAGGAUCCGCCUCUCAACAAGACUUACCAAAAGGAUGUUGUAUUGUCGAGUCCACCGCCGGAGGACCGUAUGGAGCACCUUUUCUUCAACUUUACUGAGGAGCACCGCAAGAUUCUUAAUGACCUUGUCCGCCAUAACCCUAAGCUCAUGAGCGGAUCGUUCUCUGUUCUGGUCAAGAAUUCGAAGGUCCUUGAGUUUGACAACAAGCGUAACUACUUCAGCAGGCGGCUCCACUCUCGCGGAAGUGAGAUGCGCCAUCCUCACCCUACACUGCAGCUAGCAGUGCGUCGCGAGCAAGUCUUUUUAGACUCAUUCAAGUCGCUCUAUUUCAAGACUGGGGACGAGAUGAAGUAUGGCAAGCUGAGUAUUCGGUUCCACGGCGAAGAGGGCGUCGACGCAGGCGGUGUCACGCGCGAAUGGUUCCAAGUUCUUGCUCGCCAGAUGUUCAACCCAGACUACGCGCUCUUCAUCCCAGUGGCGUCCGAUCGAACCACCUUCCACCCCAACCGCUUGAGCUCAAUCAACCAGGAGCAUCUUCUGUUCUUCAAGUUCAUCGGGCGCAUAAUCGGCAAAGCUCUCUAUGAAGGCCGCGUACUUGACUGUCAUUUCAGUAGGGCCGUCUACAAGCGGAUCUUGGGGAAGCCUGUCAACAUCAAAGACAUGGAAACCCUCGACCUCGACUACUACAAGUCCUUGAUCUGGAUGCUUGAGAACGACAUCACUGAUAUCAUCACUGAGACUUUCUCGGUCGAUUGUGAGGAAUUUGGUGUUACUAAGACCAUUGAUCUCAUCCCCAAUGGUCGGAACGUUGCAGUCACCGAUGAGAACAAGCACGAAUAUGUCCGCCUCAUGGUUGAGUAUAGGUUGACUGGUUCUGUUCAAGACCAGCUCACAGGGUUCCUUAAAGGCUUCCACGACAUUGUGCCGGCAAAUCUGAUUGAAAUCUUCAAUGAGCAAGAACUUGAAUUGCUCAUAUCCGGUCUGCCCGAAAUUGACGUUGACGACUGGAAGAACAACACCGAGUACCACAACUACACCGCUGCCUCCCCUCAGAUCCAGUGGUUCUGGCGAGCUGUUCGCUCGUUCGACAAAGAAGAGCGUGCCAAGCUUCUUCAGUUCGUCACUGGUACCAGCAAGGUUCCACUCAAUGGCUUCAAGGAGCUGGAGGGUAUGAAUGGUUUCAGUCGGUUCAACAUCCACCGGGACUACGGAAGCAAGGACCGCCUCCCGAGCUCGCACACAUGCUUCAACCAGCUCGAUCUUCCAGAGUAUGAGAGCUACGAAGCUCUGCGCCAACAGCUUUACACGGCAAUGACGGCGGGUAGCGAGUAUUUUGGAUUUGCUUGA